AUGACGGAUACUCCUUCGCUUCCCCUCCCCAGCGACUCCCGCGAGCAGUCGGUCCUUGAUAAUCUCCUGCGGAUAAGGGAGCAAUUGAUGCUUUUGAAGCAAGACCGUACCACAUAUGUCAAGUCCUCCGAUGUUAUGCCGCUUUACGAGCAAGUGGUGGAGCAGGUUAAGCUGCUGAAUGACAUGCGAGCCGGGGAGCCACAUGAAGAUAGCAAAGGUGCGCAUCGAGAUCAUAUCACUGGAUCUGAUAUGCUAUGGCCACUAACAGUUGUACCGCCAGUUGACCGAGUCUUGGACGGGUGCUUCCAGCUCCUAUCCCUCUUUUUCAUGACCAUCGGCAGAAACAACGAAGCUCCCGCCGCCUACGCUUUAACAUCCACGAUAAAACGGUUGCUGGACCAUUUGAUUGAGGUGGAACUAUACUCAGAGAAGGACUUGGCUCAUUGCUCUCAUACGCUUGAAAGACUGCGGGAGAUUGUCAAGAAUGCCGCUGGUUCAUAUUCGCCGAACUUCCUCACAUUUCUUUCUAAUCGAAUUGAAGCGUGUCAAACAUUAUUGACUAGUCUCCAAAAUCGACUGGCAAGGCUUGGUGGGGAUUUGCCAAAGAUACACGAGAAGCUGAUUUCGAUAUUGCGAUCCAUAUCACUGGCUAAUACCCGAGCAAAGUUCUCAAGUACCGAAGUGGCCCGGUUGCAGGCUCAGCUAAAGGAAAUUGACGCGCAAAGGGUCGACGGGAAAUUUGUUUCCGCAAAUAAGGAGGUGCCUGCUGGAAAUGAGGAAAUUUGUGAACUUCUGGAAAGAUGUCUAGUUUGGUCAAAUAUUGUGUUGGAACGGAAGGGAGUAUUUCCUGAGGCUUUCAGCUCGAAAUAUCAGACGCUGGUCGAGAUCCGGAAUACGCUUGAGAAAUUAUCUUUAACUCAAGCAUGGUCUUUGAGAGAAACUGAUUUAUAUGACUAUCAGAGACAGUUGGAUAAGAUCGAUGAAAGCCGGGUCAAUGGAAAUUUCGUCGACGCAGAAGGAAAUUUUGCCGAACUUUAUGUCCAAAGGACAUUGCUUUAUCUGAUUCGGCGUAGUUAUGGUUAUAUCUAUUACCUAAUGGUCUCAUCAGAGCCCGUUUCUGAGGCGCUCUUACCUGUCUACAACCAACUUCAGACUCUCAGAAGAUGUCUUAUCGAGGUUAAGAAUUCCGGAGGUGUAAGCUCGCCAAGAGAGCUUUACCCGUACAGCAUGAAGCUCAAUUCCCUUGACAACAUGAGAGUUGAUGGGAAAUUCUUGGUUGGUAACGAAAUCCCAGAAGGACAGGGGAGUGUUAUCGACCUCCUAUCCGAAUGCUUCGAGCUAAAUUACGAACUUCGAAUCGCAGCAGAAUCGGAGGGAGAAGAAUAG